AUGUCUGGCAAGCCGCUGCUCAUCCUCAAGCUAGCAGGUUACUUUCUAACCUCUGCUAUCUAUCUGCUCGAAUCCUUGGUGUCGGCAAAGAUCAACCGCUGGACUUAUAACGUUGGGGAUAACCCCAAAAAUGUGGUUGUCAUUGGUGCAUCGUUUGCUGGCUUCCACCUCGCGAAGCAACUCGCCCAAUCCAUCCCCAGCGGCUACAGAGUGAUACUAAUCGAGAGACAUUCGCAUUUCUUUUUCACAUGGAACUUUCCACGAUCAACUGUCGUCCCCGGUCAUGAUCACAAAGCAUUCAUCCCUUACCUGGAUCCGCUGCCCUCAAUCCCAGAAGGAGCAUAUGUAUUCACACGAGGCACUGUGGUCUCCCUUGAUUCUAAGAAAGUCGUUCUGGAAGAUGGGUCGGAGAUUGAAUAUGAGUAUCUCGCGGUCGCGACGGGCUCUCACGCAAGAUAUCCGGCCAGGCUUCAGGCUAUUGAAAAGGCGGAGUGUAUCGCAUUUUUCAAAGAUCAGCAAGAACGCAUCAAGCAAGCGCAGAGGGUCAUUGUGGUCGGAGGAGGUGCAGCUGGUAUGGAGGUAGCCAGUGAUGCGAAGUCCAAGUAUCCUGAAAAGGAUGUGACCUUGAUACACUCGCGGGAUCGCCUUUUGAACAAUUUUGGUCCACUGCUUCAUACCAAGGCAAUGGAGGCGCUUGACGCCCUGGGCGUAAAGACUUAUCUUAAUGAGCGUGCCACUACUGGGCUGGAUGAAGACCAACCGAAGGAAGUCAUACUUAAGAAUGGACUUGUCCUUCCCUGCGAUACCCUAGUUCGCUGCACCGGUCAGUAUCCGCGUGUUGAUCUAAUCAAAGAGUUCUCUCCGGCAUCGAUAUCUCCAUCCGGUAAGAUACUUGUCGACCAGAGUCUGAGGAUGGCCAACUCGCCAAACGCGAACAUUUUCGCUGCAGGCGACGUCAUUGAUGCGCCAGGUCCAAGUCUAGGACGAGCAGCGUCCAUUCAAGGCAUGUUCGUGGCAGACAACAUUGUGCGUGCCAUAAAAGGCAAACCCUUGAAGACGUUCAAGCCUGGCCUUGUCAACUGGUCAAUCGAAUUGACACUUGGCUUGGGCAAGGAUGCAAUGUAUGUUAGUGAUGGUGUGCGGGAAGCCUCAUUUGAUCGUAAGAUGCCCCAUGAGGAUCUCUGGGCGAGGCAGGUGUGGAAGAUGAUGGGCGUGAAGCCAUUCGAAGACCCCAGCUACGUCGAUGAAAGCAAGGCUGUAGAAUCCUCAUAA